CCUUUACAUGCUGGGCUGUGGCUUCCAACUCAAAAUUGGAUUGUGUUCUUUAAAGUGCUGUUGAUAGAAGCCUAUCAGGAGCCCUUUCCUUGUCAAUGAAGGAAUGCCCAGGGGCAUUUGCUGCUCCUCAGUUGAAGAGACAGUGCAUUAGAUGUCACCAGAUGAGACUUCUUUUCCAAUUUCAGCAUUAUUCACGGUUACUGGUCCUGACUCCAUCACUUUCACAGGACAAGCUACCCCAGGGCUCUAACCUCAGAGGAGCUGGUGCAUGAGUUGCCACAGUGCUUUCUGAAACUACCAUCACAAGCCUUCUAGACCUGAGGAAGAGAGGAACUGAGGUUUGCAGAGUCACCCCCAAUUCAGGUGCUUCAGGAAGACAGGUGUAUCCAUGGGGUCUUUGCCACAACCUGGUGAGGUAGCUUACGUCCAUUUACAGAUGAAGAAACCCGAGGCCCAGAAGAGGCAAAGGUCACACAGCUAGGAAGAGACAAGCCUGGACACUCCUAGAAGCUGAGGUUGGAACACUUGAUAUUCCUCUUCAGCCUCAACUUUGUGGGGGUAUAUUACAGGUACAGUAAGCCUGAGGAAAAAUGGCCAAAUAGGGCCAGGGGGAGGCCCAAAGAACAAAAUGGAUUAAUGGUGAAGUACUGUCCUUCAGACAACUCGCUCUUCAGCCUCAAAAGGGCUAGUCUGUGCCUCUUUCAGUCACACAGACAAGUGUGUGGCAUAGCCUCAUACCUUGGCCUCUAUUCUCAAAGAUUAAGUGGUGUUUUGGGAAGUCUCUCCAUGGUUCCCACAUAUACGAGGUUUCACCAGUAGAAACACAUUGGGUGGAUAGCCCUCCUCCAGACUAAAGGGCCCUGUUCAGACCCUAAUAGUCAUUCUUUACUGUAUUGACAGGAAAAAACCCAAAAACUGGGGAGGGACACUGUGAGAGAAGAGACAAAGGGCAGAUGACAAGUCUUAGGCUUUUGCUCUGUCUAGAAAUGCCAUAAAGUGUUUCCUGAGCUCAGCCCACCAGGCUCCUGGUCCUUUGCUUUGGCCCUGGGUUCCAUCAUCUUAGCUUCAACAGUAGAGAUGGGGCCAUCUUGACAACUUCCAUGAUAAGCCCAAGUUCAAAUACUCUGCUACCCUCUGCCAGGGCAUUGCUUCCUUGCUGUCCCCUCUGAAUGUCAGGAAUGCCCACUUCCAACCUCCUGUCUCUGUAGGCCUCACAAGAACCCAUGGGCUCUAAUCUCAUUUCUCCAGCAAGAAAUAGCUGUUGCUCUAGGCUAUGAAGACACUUGCUCAUCAGUUGCAGAUGUCCCCUACGCCAAGAGUGGAUACCUCUAACCAUCAGCAAACUCUGCAGCUGGUAGACACGUGCUAUAGCCUCACCAUACAGGCUUAAAAAAAAAAUCUGGAAUUUCAAAGCAGUGAUCAUAGAUUUAGUGUUGAGUCCUGCUUGGGAAAGAUGCAGAGGCCUACCAGCAUCCCAACAUCAUUCUAAAUCAACAGCCCCAGAGGAGAGGGGACCAGAAAGGAGGUUUGCUUAGAGAUCCUGGUCCUCUUGAGGACUGGAUCAAAAGUGGCACUGAAACUUGAUCUAAUAUUGAAACCAGGGAUAUUAGCAGACACUGACACCCUGGUGUGUCCAUUGGUGCUGGCCCAGGUUAGGGCUGUGGGCAAAGGGUACAAUGUAAAGGCAGACCUGGGGUUUGCUACUUUGGAUCACCUUUGGAUAAGCAGGUAAAAACUCUGGCUGAGACUUGUCAUACUUGCUGCUAAUGUAAGUCUUCUGGCCUGUGUGAAUAUUAGUAGUGCAACAGAUUUGAACUGCCCACAAAACUCCUGUUGCAGUCAGGGCAUCAAUGGGCUUCCCAUCCAUGUGUAAAUAUUGGUGUUUAAGGAGUCUGAGGUUAUGGUAGAAGCUUUGCUCACAUUCAGGACCUGUUCAGGGUUGUUCACCCAGGUGGAUGCCCUGGUAUUCGGGCUCACUAAAGCUAGGACAAUAUUUAGGGCCUCUGAAGGGCCAGUGUUCCAUUGUGGAUAUGCUAAUACCACAGCUAGUGUGAACUUUUGAAGUUCUUGACACAUUGGCAGCAAUCACAGGGCUUCUCACCAGUGUGGGAACACUAGUACUGGAGUAGGUAGCAGCUGUGCUCAAAGCUGUCCCCACCAAGCACAGAGAUAAGGAAGAUUCUCACAUCUGUGCAAACACAGGUGCUUCAACAGAUUAGGGCUAAGGUUAAACUCUUGCCACAGUUCCCACAGCGGUCAGGCUUCUUGCUGGUGUGCACCAGCUGACAUUUAACCAAGUCAGCCACAGUUGCAGAGCUGUGGCCACAGGCCUCCCCAUACUUGAUGCACUUAUGAGGUUGGAUGAGAUUUGGAGCUAAGGUUGAAGCAAGACCCAUUUUGGGAAGGGUCUUUCACCAGUGUGUACCUGAUGGUGCUUAGCCAGACCUAUGUCAGACUUUGAGCAAUGGUUAAGAAUUGGCCUCACUGCAGUUGCUUUGAUGGUAGAUGAAGUCUGGGAGACAGGCUGUAUAGUCAGCACACAAUUCCAGCACAUGGAAGACUCUGGGGACUGCAGGAUAGCUGGUCUUGGCUGGGGCCUACAUAGACGCUGUAAGCUUUGGCAGUACUUCCUGGGAGGCUGGCUGGCCGCUGUUAUACUUAGAAGGCCACACCACUCAGGUGGCACAACUUUACAAUGCAGGGACGAGCUGGAGACUCUUGGAAAUCCUGAUGUCUCUUUUUCUCGCAGCUCUGCCCCUGUCAGGGAUGCUUUCCCAGUUACUUCUGCCACGACUGGAGAGAAACUCGCUUCCUAGAUACCAGCUACUCAAGUUCUCAAGUAUAGACAGAACGAGGGACAGACUUGGACCAAGAGGUUAGCACCGGAAACGGAAGGUCCUCAAACCCCUGCCGUUCUACAAAGUAGCGGCGACCGUUUUCAGUAGGUUCAACCCUGUCAUUCUGAGAGUUCUUUAUCAGCAGCUGCUGUUAGGGAACUUGCCAGUUUUCAGGCCUAGGCUUCUGGGAGUCUGUCUGUCGGCCUGGACUUCGGGGACCUCCCCAUCAUCCCUUGGGGGAAUAGCCACGCUUGACUGGAAGAGGCAAGGGCUAGAUGGGGGGCGGAACAGGCAAGUCAUCCGAAGCAGCACCGCAGGCCGACGCCCUGGUCGGGCCUUGGGAGGCGUCAGUCCACGUCGAGGCCCUGGGAAGUUUCCCACCCGUCCUAACAAUUUAGGCGUGUUAGGCCGGAUGCUGACUACAUAAUCCCACCUUAGGCUUGCACAACGACUAGAUAAGGACCAUUCAAAGUUCCGGGAUCCAGGGCUAACAGCGGCGGCGCUAUUUAAGAAGAAGCAACCGCUAGAAGCCGCCAGGCCACUCCCCUCCGCUCCAGUUCCGCAUCCUCACAGAGAAGCGGCCGGGGCGCGGGGCGGAGCCGGAGGCCCGAGCCAAGAUGGCGGCGGCGAAACCAACCCUCACCGACUCGCUCUCGUUCUGCCUCGCGCAGCUCACAGCGGCCGCCGGGGAGGGUCCGAGUCGGGCCAAGGACUCCACUACCAACGAGACGCCCCUGGGCCGCGCGCUCUUAGCUCUUCGCACGCGCCACAUCAAGUCAGCCGGGGGAAUCGAGCACUUCCGGGCGCGCGGCGGGCUCCGCCCACUUCUCGCGCUGCUACGGCGAGCGGCGGCAGCGGACCACGCCCCGUCCCCGGCAGAACCCGGCUCCGCCCCCUCGCCGACGGAGGCCGCUGUUGCUGCUGGUCCCGCCCCUUGCUCUGGCCCCGCCCACUCCGCUACGUCCUCGUCGACGCCUUCGCCGCCAGUGCGCCUGCGCAAGACUCUGGACUUGGCGCUCAGCAUCCUAGCCAACUGCUGCACCGAAGGGGCGUGCCGAGCUGAAGUGCGCAGACUCGGAGGCAUUCUCCCUUUGGACAAGUUCAUUAAGAGGUCCUGGCUGAUUUCUGAAGGCUACACUUCGGGGUCUGGUGACAUCUCUCCAGACUGGUCUCCAGAGCAUUGUACGCUGCCGGAGGCCCGGGAGCAGACCAGUGCCACCCCUAGCCCAGCCUCAAACUCAACCUGCACGCCCCGCACACUGCGUACACCACGCACAUUGCGCACACCGGGCCGCAGCCCUGUGGCUGCAGCCGAAGAGCCUUGGGGCCGAGAGGGACCAGCGCUGUUGCUGCUGUCACGCUUCUCCCAGGCUCCAGACCCGAGUGGAGCACUAGUGACCGGGCCGGCAUUAUGUGGCCUGCUGGCCUAUGUGACAGGUGCACCAGGCCCGCCGAGCCCACGUGCAUUGCGCAUCCUGGCCCGCCUCACCUGCAACCCUGCCUGCCUUGAGGCCUUUGUGCGCAGCUAUGGUGCGGCGCUGCUGCGUGCCUGGCUGGUGCUGGGUGUGGCACCAGAUGACUGGCCUUCGCCCCGUUCCCGGACUGUGCGCAGAAGCCAGCACCGAGAACUAGGUGAGAUGCUGCUGCAGAACCUGACCGUACAGGCCGAGUCGCCCUUUGGGGUUGGCGCUCUUACCCACCUGUUGCUGUCUGGGAGCCCUGAGGACCGUGUCGCCUGCGCACUGACCCUGCCCUUCAUCUGUCGGAAACCCGCUCUGUGGCGCCGGCUCCUUCUGGACCAGGGUGGCCUCCGUCUCCUACUCAUGGCCCUCACUCGGCCAGCCCCACACCCGCUUUUCCUCUUCUUUGCUGCAGACUCCCUUUCCUGCCUACAAGGCCUGGUGUCUCCCGUGAUGAGCCCAGUCUCUCCCGCUACAGUCGCCGUGGACCAGGACUCACCCUCCCCUUGCCACUAUAAGCCUCUGUUGGGCCCAGCUCCCAACCCGGGGCCUGACCUGCAUUUCCUCCUGGACUCCGGCCUCCGGCUCCCUGCUCAGCGCGCUGCCUCGGCCACCGCCUCCCCUUUCUUCCGGGCCCUGCUAUCUGGCAGUUUUGCCGAAGCCCAGAUGGACCUGGUGCCACUGCGAGGCCUGUCUCCUGGUGCAGCCUGGCCUGUCCUGCAUCAUUUGCAUGGAUGUCGGGGCUGUGGGGCUGCCUUGGGGCCCGUGCCCCCACCAGGCCAGCCCCUCUUGGGCUCAGAGGCUGAGGAGGCCCUGGAGGCCGCUGGCCGUUUCUUGCUGCCUGGGCUGGAGGAGGAGCUGGAAGAGGCUGUUGGCCGCAUCCAUCUAGGUCCCCAGAGUGACCCAGAGUCAGUGGGUGAAGUGUUCCGCCUGGGCCGGCCCCGACUGGCAGUCCACUGUGUGCGCUGGACCCUGGGGCCAGGGCAGUGUCCGAGGAAGCGGGCCCUGGCCCUUGUGGGGCUGGUGGAGGCAGUGGGUGAAGAGGCUGGGCCCCUAAUGGAGGCUUUCUUGGCUGUGGUGAUGGGGACCGAGUCAGGGGGCAAGGGUCCCACCCUUGAUUGUCAGUGUUCCUCUGAAGAGGGCCCUAGAACAGGCUGGUUAUGAAACCCAUUCAGAAGCUGCAUGGAUGUCACCUUCAAGGAAUGAAAAGAGACAGAACUGGAUCCCAGGGUGAUAGUCUGAAGACUUUAAUACUACAAUGUCAAGGCCUCCAGGGUCUGGGCAGGGGGCAGUGGAGAAGAACAGCUCAGGGCUCCAGGUACUUGGCCUAACCCAGCUCUAUGGAAUUGAAAUUAAAACCCUUGGAGUUGGCUGUCCCUGGUGUGUGAUGUUUCUGACUUCUUCCCUGUGGGAGUCCUGUCACCUCUUCCCAGCCAGGCAGGGAUUUAUCCAUACAGGGCAGCCUUGGCAUGUGAGUUUAAUAAGUACUUGUCCAUUGGUUCCUGGAGCCCUGGGGGGGGGGAGGGGCGGUGGAGGUCCCAGGCUUCUCCCUUGGGUCCUGGGGGGAAGUCUCCUUCCUACCCACAGCCACUCAGCAGGACACAGCCUUGGUCAGGAAUGAGAGGACUACUGAGUGUUAGGGAUGUGUAGCUGACGCCUUGCUCUUCUGUCCUGUACCCCUCUGGGGCCAUGUUUCUUAAUGUUGUAGGUCUGAGGGAGGACUUGAUACAUUCCUUGGAGGCUCAAAGGGCCUGUCUUAGUCAAAUCCAGAGAGAGCCAUAGCCCUUGCCAGCCUUCAGGUAAAGGAAGGGCUCACAUAGCUUUGAUCUCCAAAGCAGGUCUACCUCACCUGGCCUCCUUGAUUGCUCAGGUAGCAGCCUGACUUUGAGGAAGAGUCCUGGAACUUGCCAGGGUCUAUGUUGGGGAACAAAAGUUGGCACUUGCUGCCACUGUCUUAAAAACUUCUGAUGGACUGGGGGAUAUCCUGGGCUUCAGUAAU